AUGCUCCGAACAGGAGUUGUCCACUCCACCCUUGGGGACAGUGUGGUAAGGGCUGCGUUAGGGAGGGGCUGCCCGCAGGGGGGAGUUAUCUCUCCUCUGCUAUGGCUCGUCGUUGUUGACGGCCUCCUCACUGGACUCGAGAAGGCGAGCACGCUACAUAGCAAAAUGCAGAAGGCGCUGGACUAUGUUCAGCACUGGUGCAUAUCGAAGCGCCUAAGGGUGAACCCAGGCAAAACGGAGAUGGUGCACUUUACAUGCAGAAGGAGAGGUGCUGUAAAAGCUCCCUCCAUUUAUAACACAAUGCUCGAAUUCUCGGGGGAGGUCAAAUACCUACGUAUUUGGCUCGACAAGAAGCUCAGCUGGAAAAAGCAUAUCGCCAUGCAGACUAGCAAGGUCACUCUGACAUACUGGGAGUGCAGGCGAAUGUUCGGAAGCACAUGGGGUGUAAGGCCGAGGAUGGUCAAGUGUAUCUACACAGCCAUUAUGACCCCACAGCUAACAUACGCAGCCGCCGUAACGACCCCGAGCUCAGCGUUGGAGGCCCUGCUCUUUAUGCAACCGCCACACCUAAUUAUAAGGGAGGAGGCGAUAAAAGCGGCCGCAAGAUUGCGGCUACAGGGAACAUGGAAGGGAGCCAGGAAUGGGCACGCUAGUGUCUUCCGCGCGGAUGGAGGGCUGGAAGGGCUAUUGUCGCGCGGUGCUGAAGCCUGCAGACCCAGAUGGCACUUUCGCAGAAAGUUCUCCGUCAACCUUGGGUGGGGGGAAACCCCGUCAGGAGAGGACACCGACUGGUCGCCGCCCCGCGAUCUAGUCUGGUAUACGGACGGAUCAGGGGUGAGCGGACGGGCAGGAGCGGUGGUCUGGUCAGAGGGGCCCGCAAUAGCGAGGACCAUUGGGCUGGACUCGCACGCAACCGUGCUCCAGACUGAGCUGGCUGCCCUAAGGACCUGCGCCAGGAUGAUCCUGGAGAGAGGGGACAAGGGCAAAAAGAUCUUCAUCUACUCAGACAGCAGGCGCGCGCUGAGGGUAAUACUCAGGUAUGAGUGUUGCUCUAAUUUAUUGGGUGAAUGCGUUGAGCUGAUGGAGGAAAUUGCCGUAAAUAAUCGGCUUGAGGUGGCUUGGAUUCCGGGCCACGCUGGCAUCAAAGGCAAUGAGAAAGCCGAUGAGCUAGCAAAGAACGGUAGCAACAGGGCCUUUCGGGGAGAGGUGGAGCACGUAGUCGUGCACACCGACUUUGUCAAGGACCUGGUCAAGGAGCGUGGGGAUAGGAGGAUUGUGGAGAGAUGGGACUCGGAGACGGGUGCCAGGCACACGAAAUCCUUCCUAGAAAAACCCACUAGGAAGAUCGCAGAGACUUUAUUGGGCCUAAACAGGGCUAAGCUCCGAGCUAUAAUGGGGCUUAUCACUGGACAAUGGCCCUUGGCUCUGUAUUUAUCGAGGAUAGGCAAAGGGGCUGACCCCCUAUGCAAAAGAUGCGGGUUGACGGAGGAGGAUCCUCCUCACCUAUGCACAAGAGACAGCGGGCUCGAUGAAGCCAGGUGGGAUGUUUUUGGGUCUGCAUGCACAGAUAUAUGCGUCGACAGGGACGGGAUCAAGGGGCUCUAUGAGUUUGCUCGUAGGGCACAGAUACUCGAUACAAGCGACUAG